UCUCAGAGAGCGUUAGAAGAAAUUUAUACAUUUUAUUGUUUAAAUGGAGUCAUUCGAUUAAGGAUCGGGAAGCAUGGAUGGACAGCGUGCACUGGAGCUGAUGCCUCUUCUACAGGAACGGCUCGUCGUGCUGACGGGUGGACGGGAUCGCCGAGGAGGUCCUUUGUUAUCAUUUCCGGCCAGUCCACGACGAGAACGCGCCAAACCGGAAGAUUACAAACGCCUACUCCAAUAUUUGAUGUCAAUCCCAAGCGACGAGGCGAGAGCGUUGGGAUUUACAGUCUUAGUGGAUAUGCGAGGUGCGACCUGGUCUACCGUUAAACCGAUACUGAAAGCUCUUCACGAACAUUUUCCUCAGGGUGUUGUCUACCAGGCCAUUAUUGUCAAACCGGAUAAUUUUUGGCAGAAGCAAAGGACAUCUUUGGGUUCUCAUAAGUACAAAUUUGAGACAAAUAUGAUUAGCGUAGAAGCAUUGCCUAAAAUAAUAGAUACCUCACAAUUAACGUCAGAUCUGGACGGAUUACUAAGCUACGACCAUGCGAGCUGGUUAGAAACACGUUUGGCUGUGGAAGAGUUUGUAUGGCAAGCCGCGGAUAUUUUAGAUAGACUUGACGAUUUACAAGAAGAUCUAUCUAGAAACGACUUUGCCGAGGAUGUUAGUGGUGCUAAGCACGGAAUUGAUAUGCACAAUGAAAUGAAGAAGAAAAUCAUGAAGGCGCCUGUAGAGGACAUAAAUUUGUUAGGACAACGACUGCUUCAAAGGGUUUGCGGAAACGACACUGGUCAAGGAGGUGGUGAUGAACGAAAGGAUCCAGAUUCUCCCGUAAUCGGUACCUCGGAUGCAGAUAUCAAAGCUUUAGUGUUACAAAAUCUCGACGGAGUGCGUGCUUCGCAGCAACACCUCCUUCAGCUGUGGCAUCAUAAGAAAUUAAAAUUAGAUCAGUGUUUUCAACUUAGGCUCUUUGAACAGGACUGUGAAAAGAUGUUUGAUUGGAUUUGCCAUAAUCGUGAUGUGUUCCUAUUAAAUUAUGUAGAAAUUGGUCAUUCGUAUCAGAUAGCUAAGCAAUUACAAGAAGAACAUCAGCAUUUCACUAUGAGCUCGAUGAACGUUUACGUGAACAUUAAUAGGAUAUUAUCGGUGGCCAGUCGGCUGAUUGAAGGCGGCCAUUACGCCGCAACCCACAUUCGAACUGUUGCGGGAAGAUUGGAUAGAACAUGGAAAGAUUUUGCGUCGGGUUUGGACGAGCGCACCGCCGUUUUGGCACUUUCCGUCAUUUUUCAUCACAAGGCGGAACAGUACGUCGAUAACGUGCCGGCGUGGAAUGGGGCGUGUGAGGCGAGCAACAUACCAAAUGAAAUAAUCAUGCUAGAAAAUUCGAUACAUCAACAUCAAAAUUUGUACGAGUCCAUGUGCCAGGCGUAUACAGAGGUUUAUAAUUCCUAUCAAACUCUAUUAAAUGGAUUAGAUGUAAUGUUACAAGUGUGCCAUAACUUGUCAACAUCAAUAAUUCCUGAUGCCAACGGAAAUAUUGACAGUGGCGAAAAUACGACCAAUUACGAAAAUCGGCCCGGCGGUAAUCCGGCGGCCGAUUACAGCGAAGGCGCCAGUCACGUGCUCGCCGUCAUUCACCAGAUCCUUAAUCACCAUCGGGCCUUAGAACAGAAAUGGCACGCGAAGAAGAUCAAACUUCACCAGAGAUUGGCGCUCCGUUUGUUUCAGGAGGAUGUAAAGCAGGUAUUGGAUUGGCUAACGAACCAUGGCGAAGUUUUCAUAAGAAAAAAUACGGGAAUUGGGAGAAAUCUUCAGAAGGCGCGUGUUUAUCAGAAAAGUCAUGAGCACUUCGAGAAUGUUGUUCAGAAUACGUACACGAACGCGGAUAAGCUUCUUGCGGCUGCCGAAGAAUUGGCGCACACCGGAGAGUGCGAUGCCGAUGAAAUCUACACGGUCGCUCACGAACUCGAGGCUCACGUAACUUCUUUCGCCGCGAGGGUCGAACAACGUCGACGCCGAUUAGAUCUGGCCGUCUUAUUUUACACGCACGAGAAAGAGUUGAGCACCUGGGUCGACGAGCUGCGGCAGGAGUUGCAGGGCGAUGAGAGCGUCGCCGAAAGUUUGGACAAUACCGAGAGACUCCUCGAGCAGACCGCUCAGCAUCGCGAUCAAAGUUUAGAUGCUUGCGCGUCUACGAUCGCACAGGGCGAGGCUCUACUUCAAGAAUUAAGAUCUGUUGGUGAUAUGGACACAACGGGUUCAAUAUCAGCGGUAGAGGCGGCACUCGAUCGUUUAGCGAAACAAAGAAGCGACUUGGAAGAGCUUUGGGCGGCACGUAAAUUACGGCUAGACUUGUGUUUGAGAUUACGAGUAUUUGAACGUGACGCUCUCGAAGUUUCGUCGCAGUUAGAGAUGUGGUCCGAAGAGCUUCAGCACAGCGAACUGACGAGAGAUAUAGCGAAAGCGGAACAGUAUUUAAGGCUUCAUAACGAAAGCGUUAGUCAAAUGCAAAAUACGACAUUCCAAAUCCUACAGCAGGGACAAGAGCUGGUGCAGGUCUUCGAAAAUUCGGGCGUAUGCAUUAUGGCCGAUUCGCAGUACAAUGCUCAAACUAGAGUUCAGGUGUUAUUAGAAUUUUUGCACGAUCGAGAGGUCGACCUGGAGGAUUUGGCGGAGGUGAAAAGGGUGAAGCUCGAGCAGUGCAUUCAGUUGAGUCAGUUUCAAAAUGACGCCAAUCAGGUUAUUAGUUGGAUACGUAAUGGGGAGUCGAUGUUAAUGGCCAGUUUCGCGAUUCCGAAUAGCUUGGCGGACGCCGAAUUGCUCAAAAAGGAGCACGAGCAGUUUCAAGUGGCGAUCGAAAAGACGCACACGUCAGCGGUUCAAGUGAAAUAUCGAGCGGACGCGUUGAUUAAUGGAAAUCACUACGAUCCGCAAAGUAUAAGGGAAAUUUCGGAAGAGGUUACGAAGCGCUGGCAACAACUGGUGACUUGCGCCGAAGAGCGGCACAAACUGGUAACGGCAAGUCUAAACUUUUACAAAACUGCCGAGCAAGUCUGUUCGGUAUUGGACAGUUUGGAAAGGGAGUAUAAGAGAGAUGAAGAUUGGUGCGCCAAUGCCCAUCAAGCCAUGAACAUGGACAAAGCUACAGCGAUUUCACAGUUAAUCAAUAAGCACCAAGAACAGAAGGAAGCGUUUCUAAAAGCAUGCACGUUAGCGCGCAGAACAGCGGAGACGUUUUUGAAGUACACCACGCGCAGUUUGCAAUUCUACAAUUAUCCCCCUGGAACUGGUAACCAGGAGUCGCGGGUGAAAGGGAUACUUGAAAAGUUGCUUACGCAAGAAAAUAAAGUGUUGGAGCACUGGACGCAGCGCAAGAAACGCUUGGACCAAUGCCAGCAGUUUGUACUCUUCGAACGAUCGGCCAGACAGGCGAUUGAGUGGAUACACGAUACUGGUGACUGCUAUCUAACAACGCACGCAACGAAUUUAGGCACUAACAUUGAAGAAACCGAAAGUUUACUACGCGAGCACAACGAAUUUAAGGGUACGGCGAAAGAAACGCGAGAGCGCGUCAAACUGCUGAUUCAGUUAGCGGACAGUCUGGUGGAAAAAGGCCACGCGCACGCCAGCGCCAUCAAGCAGUGGGUGGCGGCUGUCGAUAACAGGUACAAGGACUUCAGUUCGCGAAUGGACCUUUAUCGGCAACAGUUGGAAGAUAUGCUCGGAAUUCAAGCGGAAGAGAGUGAGAAGAAGGAGUUGUCGAUCGAUCGCAAUUCGGAUCCCAGCUUGGAAGCGAAAGUGAAAGAGGCCGCUGCCAAGGAGCUCAAAGAAUUGAACGAGGAAAAACGGAAAUCCGCCCGCAGAAAAGAGGACAUGGAAGAAUGCAACUCGUUAGACGAAAGCGUGGAGAACCUGGAUAGAAAUUCGUUGACAUCGUUCGGUUCAGGAAAUACAACGGAUUCUGACAAG